GCGAUGAGACAGAGGAGCCAUGGCCUUGUCAUUGAGCGGAGACGAUGAGGAAUAUGAUUCAGAGUCCGAGCAGCAGCGGGCAGCCAACCGGCCGAAGCCCAAGAUGGGGACGACGUCAGCCGUUAAGCUGCCGUCCAACCGCAGCUCGUCCGGCGCCAGACGCAGGAGGACGCGCUGCCGGAAGUGCGAGGCAUGUCUGCGGACCGAGUGUGGAGAGUGUCACUUCUGCAAGGACAUGAAGAAGUUCGGAGGGCCGGGGCGCAUGAAGCAGUCCUGCAUUAUGAGACAAUGCAUUGCGCCCGUCCUGCCUCACACGGCGGUGUGUGUAGUGUGUAAAGAGGCCGGCAAGGAGGACACACUGGAGGAAGAGGAGGACAAGUUCAACUUUAUGUUGAUGGAGUGCUCCAUCUGCAACGAGAUCGUCCACCCCAACUGCCUCAAGGUGAGCGACGCGUCGGGGGUGGUGAACGAUGAACUCCCCAACUGCUGGGAAUGUCCCAAAUGCAACCACGCUGGGAAAAGUGGAAAACAAAAAAGGGGCCCAGGCUUCAAGUACGCCUCCAACCUCCCAGGCUCUCUGCUGAGGGAGCAGAAGCCUGUGAAGGAGGAGGGAGACGUGUCCUCUGCAGCCAAGAGGAGAACAGACAGAGAGGAGACGCCCAGGUACAGACCUGAGGAGUCUCUACACCGACAGCCGCCACUGCUCUCUCCCAGCAGCCUGCCGAGGCCCAGGCCCGAGGACAAACUGAGGAAGAAGAGGAAGCUGUUUGAUGAUGAUGAUGAUGAGGAUGACCUCAGUGUGAGGAAGAAGGAAAAGUCAGAUGACCCUUAUUUUUCCAAACUUCUGCGCCACAUCAAAACAGAAGAGGAGGACGAAGACGCGUAUGAGGAAGAAGACGAAGAAGGAAGGGACCCUCAAUUCCGGAUUGGCGUAGAGAGGAAACGGCGAUUAGGAGAAGCUGAAGAAGAAGGGGCUGACAGGGAAUCGAAGAAUGAACUUUUGAAUCCCUGCAUUAAAACGCCUGUUGGAGACAGUGACCAGUCUCACAGCAGCUCUCCGCAGGCCGGCCCCAGCAGCGAGGGCGGGAGUGAGACGCAGGAAAAAGGGCCGCGUCCUAAAGCUCGCCGCAAGCGCCGUUUGCCAAACAGGGAGCUGAGCCGAGAACUGAGCAAAGCACUGAACCAGGAAAUCCAGAAGACGGAGGACUGCCUGGCGAACGAGAACCGCCAACCCCUCAAGGUGGAGCCCGAGACGGAGAACGAGGAGCCCAAGAGGUUGUUCCGCAACGGUAACGAACUUGGGGAUCAGAGGCCACACCUCAAGACCAAAGAGAUGAACGGGACCCCGUGGGAGCUGCGGCACUUCUACCCGAGUCAGAUCACUCCUCUAGGUUUCAACCGGAGCACGCCGACCAACCGCCCGGUGCCGCCACGCUCCCCCCCCAAGUGUGUCCAAAUGGAGCGGCACGUCAUCCGCCCUCCCCCGAUCAGCCCGCCUCCCGACAGACUGCCUCUGAAAGACAGUAAAAUGCACGUCAUACAGCGUGAGAUCUGGAUGAAGAUCUUCCGCUACCUCACACACCAGGAGCUGUGUGUCUGCAUGAGAGUUUGCAAGACAUGGAACAGAUGGUGUUGUGAUAAGAGACUGUGGACAAAGAUCGAUCUGAACCGCUGCACCUCCAUCACCCCCCUCAUGCUGAGCGGGGUCAUCCGCCGACAGCCACUCUACCUGGACCUCAGCUGGACAAAUAUUUCCAAGAAACAAUUAAGCUGGCUUAUCAAUCGAUUGCCAGGUCUGCGAGUGUUAAAGUUGUCCGGGUGCUCUUGGGCCGCGGUGUCUGCGCUCUGCACCUCCAGCUGCCCUCUGCUGCGCACCCUGGACGUCCAGUGGGUGGAGGGACUUAAAGAUGCUCAGAUGCGGGACCUCCUCUCACCCCCCACAGACAACAGACCAGGUCAGCUGGAUAACCGCUGCAAGUUGCGUAAUGUUGAGACCCUGCGGCUGGCGGGGCUGGACAUCACAGACACAUCUUUACGUCUCGUCAGUCGGCAGAUGCCUUUGCUGUCCAGGCUGGACCUGAGUUACUGCAACCACAUCAACGACCAGUCGGUCAACCUACUGACAGCAGCAGGGACGACGACCAGAGACUCUCUAGCAGAAAUCAACCUGUCUGUUUGUAACCGCGUCACAGACCAUUCCCUAAACUUUUUCAAGCGGUGUGGAAGCAUCUGUCAGAUAGACCUUCGCUUUUGCAAGCAGGUGACCAAGAUGGCCUGCGAAAGGUUCAUCGCAGAGAUGUCUGUGAGCGUGCCGUUCAGACUGAAAGAGGAGAAACUGCUGCAGAAGACAAGCUAGUUCCCAACGGAAAAACAAUGAUCAAAAAACUGUCUUUGCACUUAAUGGAACAAUUUUGUUUUCUAGACCGAUCCCUAUGAUCAGUCUCUGGGUCAGUUUGACGGUCAACUCAAAGAGACAGAAGGUGAUAUACACUCACUGGAUGGACAAACGUCAUGCAUGUAUUUGUGUUGAGAUUGUACUUUUUAUAAAGACGUUGCUUGUAAUUGACGGUUGGGUUGUUUAUUUUUAAUCUUAAAAUAUUUGGAAACCCAGUAUUUUUAUACGAGCAUCAUUUCAUGAGUUUACAGUGUCUCAGGAGCUCAAUAUCACAGAGAGACUGUGUGACGUGAACUGAAACAUGUCCCCUUCCUCCGUUUGCCUUCAAAUGCAAUGUGUCUCCUUUGUGCCAAAAUCUGUAUUUGACAUCAGUGUAAUAUAUCAGAAUCAGAGAGAGAGAAAAAACAUGUACAGUAAUAAAUAUCGUACUUAAUUGUCAUUAAAAAACAUCCCAAAUAUUUAGAAUGUAUAUCAAGAAUAAGAGAACAAACUUCAUUUUCCUGUUACACCCUCAUGUCUUCAGUUUCCUAAAUACUUCUAUGAACUGUUAAGUGUUGGUGUUGGAUGGGUUUUUCCAUCAACAUUUCAACAUUAAUUUAUUGUUUCUUUUUUUAUUACAGUUUGUAUUUAUUCAUUAAUUUAGUCGUUUGACACAGAGGUCUCACAGAGCGGGUUCAAAUAAUGCUUGCAAAUAAUUUAUGGGGUCUGGGGGUGGGUGGGUUGGAGUCUGUUGCAGCACACACUUGGUGGGUUUAACACCCAGAAUUUGACAGUCACAGUAAACAAGUGACUCACCUCACACUGACUUUCAGUAAUGCGGUCAACCCCACAUAUCUGGUUCUCUAUAUAAGUAUCUAAAUAAGUCCAUUGCAAAUAACCUCAUUUGCAAACAUUUUAAAGGUGAAAUAAACCUCCAUACAGUAGGUGUUGUGUGUAUUUUGGGUGUUGUGCUGUAAUCUUAUCACCUCAAGUGAAUGUGAUGUUUAUAUUUGUAAAUCCAAAAACUGAAGUGCUAAAAAUGCAUUAAAAGUAUCUCAUUUGUAUCAA